AUGUCCCUGGCAUGCACCUUUACUUCCAAUCCCAAGAAGAGAGGCCUACCGCCUGGAUACAUCCGGGGAAUCGAAUUGGCGUUGGCCUUGAUCUGCCAACAAAGUCCUGAGAUCGAAGGCUCUCUGGUCACCAGAUUGGGCCAAGAAAACACGGUCUUGCUGGCAAGGGACACGAAAGAAUCUAACCGACUUCACAAGAUCUGGAGAAAGUCCAAACUCUGCAAAGAGUUGAACAAAAGAUUGACCGGAGAGCAGAGUGAGGUCGAGAACGAGGAGCCCCUAAGUUCUGGUGAAGACAGCGACGCUGCCGUAGAGCAAGACAAUAGCCUACCUGCCGUGAUACCUGGGGUCUCAAGCCUGGGCGCCACUCAGCAGUCUGGAUUAACUCGAGCCGCCCAAAAUUGCCCCGCUGAUCAAGCCGUAAUGGAAUUCGAGACACUUACACAGUUACCGAGCAAUUGCUGGCAUUUGCUGGAAGCGUACUCAACAUACACCCAAUGCUGGCUCCCAAUUAGCGAAAAGCUCGACAUUUUGAAGCUUUCAUACUCGUAUCCCAGUAAUGGCCUCCAUUUAUCGCCCUCCAUGCCUGACUCCGCGCAUCACGCGGAAAUGUGGAGUAUGAUGACGCUCAGUUCUUGUCAAAAUAUCAUCGGCAAUGAUUCUGGUCGAGAUGGUCCUUCCAUGGAUACUACAAACAUGUACAAAAUCACCAAGACGUUGAUACCCACCGAGCUCGGCAAGUUCCAACUAGGGCAUGCGAAAGCUCUGCUCAACCUCGCUUUGGUUAACCUUCGAAGCUCAUUAUACGACGCCGCUUGGAUACUGGUUGGUACGGCAUCACGCAUCACAUCUAUAAUAGAAGAGUCAGCAAGGUCGCCAGGAUCUCGCUAUGUACAUGUCGUCGCAAGCUGCUACGUACUUGACAAUCUUCUGGCCCUUUCAAUGGAUAGACGCCCCUAUGUCAACAAAUCGGAUGUCGAGCGCGCUGGGAGAGUGGAAGAGGAUGGAUUAGAAGAGUGGCAGCCCUGGGUUGGCGAACUGGACGCAGUAUUAGGGCGCACAUCAAGAAUGCCUACUCUCGCCUUGAGUAGCUUUAACCGUCUGGUGGACCUGAUUGGAAUACUAGCCAUGGCAGGACGAAGUUCAGACAUGCGGAACGACACAGCUCGACAGCUCUCGGGAUGGAAAGCCGUACUCUCUCCUAAACUCGACUACCAAAGUACCAAGAGCCUAUCUCUAGAACAAGCUAUGCAGGGCCGGAUCCAGAGGAUUAUGGAUAACUUCACAAUGACUGGCCACAGAUCUCCCGAGUUGUCCCGGACUAUGCCGACCCAAAACAGUAAUAUACACAUCGGUAAUCACCAUCUUUAUGCCGGAUCUUCCCAGGUUGCAGCCCCGGCUUUCCAACAAGGAAUUGAGCAACCCUUACCUCCUCGUCAGCAACAACAGCGACAUCCCAGCUCACUCCUCGAAGACCUCCUUCCAGAGAUGAACUCAAACCAGCAGUUGCAAGCGACCAAUUUCAGCCCAAAUCCAAUCAACACCGACUUCACGUCGCCAGCACUUGAUGCUUAUGACCCAUCCAUUUCAGGCGAUCUCGAGAGCUUUUUCGAUGAGCUUGCUUCCCUCCAUGGAGCUAAGAAGUUGCAAAAUCAACCGCAAUUCAUGCAAAAUCUCGGAUUUGCUCCAGAAGUGAGCAUGGCGGACCUGCUUGCAACACAGUCUGGCCAAUUCAUGCCGAUGCAUUCCACAACAUUUGGUACAGAACAUGAAGGCGAGCCGCUUCAGUUUCCACUAAGUGACUAUUAUGAUGCUAGUUGA